AUGGGUUCUAAGCAGUCCUCUCUGUCUGACAGCUCAACGGAAACGAGUCCAGACAGCUACAACGCGGCGCACUUCAGCAACGGCGCCGCCACUGGUCACCACAAUCACCACCAGCAAAAUUACAACAACGCAAAGCAACUCAAGAAGCGGAAAAGCCUGAAGAAGGCGGCAGCUGCGGGCAACCUGCAGCUGGUCACUACUCCGGUGGCCAAUCAGUCGAGUACGCCUUCAUUUCGUGAUAAAAUUGACCACCUGAAGAUGGGCGUCAGCUUCGACACCAGCGACUCCUCGGAGAUGCCCGACGCCGAGGAGCUCGAACGGCGAUUUCUUAAAAUUCUCACCUCUAUGGACCUGCCGCCGGACAAGGCAAAGGUUCUGCGCGGCUACGAUGACGACCGAAAGUGGGAGAUGAUUCGCGACCAGGAGAAGGUGACGGCGAGGCAGUCGCCGCAGUCGUACCUCGAAAAGCUAAACACCUACCUGGAUCCGAAAGCUAGUCGCAACUCGAAGAAGAUUCGCAACCUGGGCGGCUUUACCAGCACUCAGGUGCUGCGCGACCUGGAGAUCAGCCUGCGCACCAACAACAUCGAAUGGGUGCGCGAGUUUCUCUCCGACACCAACCGCGGUCUGGACAUUCUCAUUGAGUACCUCAAGUUUCGUCUGGCCACGCAAAAGGAGGAACAGCUGAGAGAGCUGAAGGAGCAGCAGCAGCAGCAACAACAACAACAGCUGCUCCUUCUGCAGAACAACAGCAGCUUCCACCACCACCACAACACCUCCACGGGGACGCUCCACGGAGAGCACUCCUCCAGUCAGGAGCUGAACCACUCGACGCACUCCGGACCGACUUCGGGCCACUCUGCCGCGUCCUCCUCGGGCCACCCAACCUCACAUCACUCGACCACUGCCUCCUCCAGCCACCACCUCACCCGAAGGCCGUCCCACCACCUCACCCGAAGGCCGUCGUACCUCUUCUCUCGGCAGCACUCCACCAAGGUGAAGCUAGGUCAGGUGGGCGACGACGUGCACGUCUGCAUCAUGUGCCUGCGCGCCAUCAUGAACAACAAGUUUGGUUUCAAUCUGGUGAUGGAGCACUGCAGCGCCAUCAACUGCAUCGCCCUCAGCCUCAACCACAAGAGCCUGCGUACAAAGUCGCUGGUGCUGGAGCUGCUGGCGGCGAUCUGUCUGGUGAAGGGCGGCCACCAGAUGAUCCUCGCCGCCUUUGACCACUUUAAGGAGGAGCUGAAAGAACAGCGCCGUUUUCAGACUCUGAUGCACUACUUUAUCAACUUUGAAACCUUCAACAUUGACUUUAUGGUCGCCUGUAUGCAGUUUAUUAACAUCAUCGUCCACUCUGUUGAGGAUAUGAACUUUCGCGUUCACCUGCAGUAUGAGUUUACGCAGCUCGGUCUCGAUGACUACUUGGAGAACAAGCUGAGCAACACCGAGUCAGAGGACCUGCAGGUGCAGAUUCAGGCGUACCUCGAUAAUGUCUUCGACGUGGGCGCGCUGAUGGAGGACGCCGAACAAAAGAACACCACCGUGGAGCGAUGUCAGAUGCUGAUUCAGCAGUUGUCGCACUCGCACGAACUGGAGCGAGAGUGGGAGGCCAAGUUCCACGAAUUGAAGCAGAACUACGGCGAACUGGAGGAGGAACGGGAGACGCUGCUGGCCGACAAUCGGGUAAUGCAUGAGGAGCUGGGUCGCAUCAGGCAGUGCGUCAACGCAAAGGAGGAGGAAUCGAGGAGGCGGGAGUCACUGCUCGAGUCGAAGAUUCUAGAGCUGGAGCAGAAGGGCGCACAAAUGGUGACCGGCGGUGGGCCGCCGGUGCCAGCCAAACCACUAGUCAACACCACCAGCACGGCAUCAUCGCCCAUCAACACUGCGGCUGCUGCUGGGUCGCCCUCCGCUGCCUCACCACUGGGCGGGAAGUCGAUGGCGAAUGGACCCAGUUUGGGUG